AUGCAGUCUAGAGCAUCAGAUGCUAACGGCUAUUAUAGUUGCGAUGACAAGUUUGCCGUACCUGACAAAGCUGGUAACCGAAAAGGCCAAGAAAGGCAAUCCCAUUACCAAAUGUUCGAACUCAAUCAAACACCUCUCGGUUUAAAAUGUGAAACAUCUCCACCAGGUGCUCCCAUCAUUCCUAGGCUUCAUGGUUUAAGGGGAACAAUUGACAAGAUAAAAUGUGAGAACCUAGCGAAAAGGCUACUUUCUUUAAUGCUGAAACUAGCUGCUGUAUUCCGCUGUACUCCGUUUGAGCUUCUGAGAAGCCAGACUACAGUUAGCCCUUCAAGUCGAACAGAAGAUGAGAGUAGGUGCAGCCUCAUCCCAACCCCUAGACAGCCCACAAUGAAAGACCGGAUUCUUCCAUGUUUGGAGCGUAUUCAGAAACUGGAGAAAACUUACGAGGAUAUCCGGAACAAACCCGUUGCAAUACCUGUAGAGAAGGAGAGAAUGUUGAUGGAUUCUUUAGACAGAAUCAAGUCGGUUGAGUUUGAUCUCGAUAAAACAAAGAGGCUUUUACACGCUACGGUGAUGAAACAGAUGGAGAUUACUGAAAUGUUGCAAAGUUUACGAGAUUCCCAACUUCACAGAAGAAGAAGAUUGUUCUGUUAAAAACCAACCUUAAGAGAACAUCUGAGUUUUGCACAAAUACAAAUCUGCACAUACAGAGAGAGAGAAAGAGAGAACAGAUUCCGAAAACAAAACACAUGUUAGGUUCUUUAGCUCCUUCCCUUCUCCUCCUGAUCUAACUUUUGUUCACAACUUUUCUCUCCUUUUUUUUAUAAAUAGGUCCCUCUGCUUCUACUUUUUAAGUUAUAAAAAGAAGAAAAAGAAGAAGAUAAGGACAGUGAAAACAUCUGAUGAUCAAUCAAUCCUGUCUUUGAUAAUAUAGAUUCUUUUAAGUACCAAACCCUUUUGUUGUAACCUGGUGUAGUUAAGAAACUACACUAUAAGAGCUAAACAAAUGAGAUUUUGUAAAUCUUUUGAAGGUAUUUUGAUAAUGGAGGAUCAGGAAGAAUCCAUUUGUUU